AUGCAUAUUCUCUCCCUCUCGUGUGGACGCGCGCUGAUUCCCUUGGCAAUGAUGUUGCCUGCCUCCCGGAGAACCGUUGUUGUGUCCGGCGGACGGCGAUAUUUGUUGACGGGCAGGAAGACUGCUACGACAACUACAACUUUCCACAGCAAUAAUCUUGGCCCUUUCUCUUCUACCACAUACCGAAAAAAUGCAACUCCUUAUCAUUCCCUUCCCUCCCGCAGACUGGCCUCGACUUCUUCCGUACCCCCGCGGCUGGACCUCCUGGCGAUCGACAGGAAAUGGCAGGAGAGAUGGGCGCAGAUGGAAUCGGAGAAGGAGAGGAUAACCUUCGGAAUGGGCUCGAAGGAAGAUGGCCGGCCCAAGUCCUAUGUUCUCGCCAUGUUCCCCUAUCCGUCCGGCACACUGCACAUGGGCCAUCUGCGCGUGUAUACCAUCUCGGAUGUGCUGGCGCGGUUUUAUCGCAUGCGUGGCCACGACGUCCUGCACCCCAUCGGCUGGGAUGCCUUUGGCUUGCCGGCGGAGAAUGCGGCGAUUGAGCGUGGUGUCGACCCGGCCGAGUGGACGAGGGAUAACAUACAGCGGAUGAGGGCACAGCUGAGGAAUAUCGGGAUAGCGUUUGAUUGGGACAGGGAAUUGGCGACAUGUUCGCCAGACUUUUACAAGCACACCCAGCGCAUUUUCCUCAUGCUCUACGAAAAAGGUCUCGCGUACCAGGCGGAAGCGCUUGUCAACUAUGAUCCAGUCGAUAAGACUGUGCUGGCAAACGAGCAGGUCGACGCCAAAGGCUUCUCGUGGCGCUCCGGCGCAAAGGUCCAGAAGAUCAAGCUGAAGCAGUGGUUCUUCCGCAUUACCGCCUUCAAGGAGGCCCUUCUGAAAGACCUCGAUGCUCUGUCAGGGGCUUGGCCCGAGCGCGUGCUGUCCAUGCAGAGGCAUUGGCUGGGCAAGUCACAAGGCGCGAAGAUCAAAUUCUCUGUAACGAUUGACGCAAACGAGCACCUCGAUGUGGAGGUGUUUACCACGCGGCCUGAUACUUUAUAUGGUGUCGAAUACCUUGCCCUGUCAUUGGAUCAUCCGGUGGUUGUCAAGGCCGCCAGGAAGGAUCCCGCACUGCAAAAAUUCCUGGACGAGGCGGCCUCUCUUCCUCCCGAUUCCAAGGCCGGUUAUCGGUUAGCGGGCGUGUAUGCAUCCCAUCCGCUGCAGAUAAUCGACAAAGAGAGCCCUCAUCUCUCCCGCAAGCUCCCCGUCUUUGUCGCUCCGUACGUCUUGAGCGGCUACGGAGAAGGGGCGGUCAUGGGCGUGCCAGGCCACGACACCCGAGACCUGGCCUUUUUCAAAGAAAAUAUGAAGCCAGAGUUCAUUUCUAUGGUCAUCCAGCCGGAAUCUACCGUCCAGGACGAGGCCUCCAGUAUUGUCCCUGCCGAGGACGCCCAGGCGUUCACCCAGGAAGGAUUCCUCACCGCGAGAUGCUGGAAAUAUCAAGGCCUCAACUCCAAGGAUGCCGCCAAACAGAUCGUUUCGGAUCUCCAGCAGAUUGGCCGCGGCGAGACUGCCGAAUCGUGGAGACUGCGCGACUGGCUGAUCAGCCGGCAGCGCCACUGGGGCACUCCAAUUCCCAUCAUCCACUGCCAGAGCUGCGGUCCGGUUCCUGUGCCAGUGGACCAGCUUCCGGUGACACUGCCAAAAGUCGAGGGCGACUGGCUUAAGGGAAAGAAGGGGAAUCCGCUGGAGUCUGCAGAGGAAUGGCUGCAUACGGAGUGUCCGAGGUGCGGUGGGCCUGCGAAGCGGGAUACCGAUACCAUGGACACUUUCGUUGAUUCGUCGUGGUACUACUUGAGAUAUUUGGAUCCAGCGAAUGAAGACCUGCCAUUCUCGCCGUCUACGGCUCGGCCUGUCGAUAUCUACGUCGGCGGCGUGGAACAUGCGAUUUUGCACCUGCUCUACGCCCGCUUCAUUUACAAGUUCCUAGCGCAAUCGGAAUUGUUCCCGGAGAUUGCUCACUCUGGCGCCGUCGCAGCGCCUGCAGAGCCUUUCCGGACGCUCUUGACGCAAGGCAUGGUGCAUGGCAAAACCUACACGGAGCCAUCGACCGGACGAUUCUUGCUUCCGUCCGAGGUCGACCUGACGAAUCCGGAGAAGCCGCUGAUCAAGGGGACGCAGAUCACUCCCAAUGUGUCGUUUGAGAAGAUGUCAAAGAGCAAGCACAACGGUGUUGACCCGACGACGUGCGUGGCCAAGUACGGAGCCGACGCAACGCGCGCGCACGUCCUUUUUGCUGCGCCGGUGAGCGAGGUGCUCGACUGGGAUGAGACGAAGAUCGUGGGCAUUGAGCGGUGGUUCGCGCGGCUGUGGAAGGUGGUGCAGGACGCCCGGCAGAGCUUGUCUGAGUCAUCGUUCCAGCUGUCGGGUGACUUGGCCUCGAGUCAUGCGAUUGCUCUUCCUGCGCUGUCACAGCUGUCUGACAGUGAUGCCGACGCUGUUCUGUCGACUCAUCGAACGAUCUGCUCUGUCACGCAAUGCAUCGAGAGCGACCCUUACGGACUGAACACGGUGAUUUCCGAUCUGACGAAACUGACGAACGCGCUGGCCUCGUCGCCGCCCACCACGCCGGCUGUGCUCUACAUUUGCGUGUCGUCUCUUCUCAGGCUUCUCGCUCCGGUCGCUCCGGCCCUUACCUCUGAAUGCUGGGAAGUCCUUCACAGGGAUAUCCUGCCAGAGACCGCAGCCGACCAGCAUGCCACAUCCUCGAACAUCGCAGCAGCUCCUUGGCCUACGCCGCUACUCAGCGACUCCGACGCUGAGACCCUGUCCGCGCGCGGCGGGCAGACGGUCGCCGUGCAGAUCAACGGCAAGCUGCGCUUCAGCGUGACGAUCCCGCGGCUGCAGUCGGCCACGACGCCGGAAGAGGAGCAGGACUGGGUCAUCUCGCGGGUGCUAGAGACGGAGCAGGGGCGGCGGUGGCUGCGGGAGAAGAACGACUGGGAGAAGCGACGGCGGGUAAGCAGGGAACCUGCCCGGCAAGAAGUUUUCUGGCAUAAAAUACAACAGAAUAGAAUAGACCGUGCGGGCAGGCAGGCAGGCAGAUAUUCCCUCUCAAGAUCGAGACCCGAGACUGAGAGAGGCUUGUACUAUAUAUACAAGAAGGAUAUACAGUCCUCCAUGGCAUCAGCAGCCAGUGAAAGCAAAGAAGCAAUCCCGUGCCAAUCUUCAGCUCCACAUGGAAAACCAGCUCCGCCCCCCGUGUUCCACUACACGGACAGCAAAGGCAUCGACCAUAGCAUUGCCAUCAUCUCACCCGAGGCGUAUGAAGAGGUAUGCCAUCUGGCUGCUGCUGCUGGCGACUGGGACAUGCUGGCCAAGUUUCCUCCCGGGCCGCCGUUGAAGAUGGCGUAUCCCAACUUCAUGUCUUACCAGGACCGCGAGGGAGUCUCAAAAGCCAUCUACAUACCGCCGGACGGGGACGGGAAGAAUGCUGCGAGAGCGACGGAAUUGUUUAGAGUGGAGGACUGGGAUACACUGGAGAGAGAGAGUUUGAGCCGUGGGAAAAUGAGAUGGGAAACCAAAUUGCGGGCCAAGAGAAAUGACGACGAUGAAAAAAGUCUAGGCGUUCAGGUGAUCACUGUCUUAUAUGUACAGCAUAUGUACUGUACAACAUGA